AUGGGCCCUCCUCAACCACUCACACCACGACCGCUCGCAUUUCCGAACGAACGAAUGGCCACCAGCUUUAAAGAGCCAGUUGACGAGUCCUUGCCGUCUUCGUCGAGGGACUCUCCUGGCUCGUGGCAGCUACCUUUGCGCGUCACGCUGUUUCAGUACAGUGGAUCAGUUGUGCAGUCGGCACCUGUGGAAGAGCUACCUACUGAUGCAACCGUCAUUUCCCACUUCAGGUGGCUCGGAGAUUUGUUUCCAGGAAUUCCUCCUGAGGUCUUGAGGACGCAUCCAUUUUACCGUCACCCGCAACGUCAGCCGCCACCGACCAGACGAUCUUUUACUGAGAAGAUGGUACUGUUUUACGCAAAGUUCCAGAAGUUACCGAACCCAGCGCUUACUGAGUGCAGGGAAAUAAUGAAGAAGUCGUCGCUGACCCUGGAGGACUUCGAAGAACUUGUAUCCCAGGCAGAACGCCUAUGUGGAUAUGCAAUUGAGAGCAUGCCGGUAGCUGGCAGACGUCCACACCCAUUGUGUGUCUUAGAAGCUCUGGGAACGAUAUUUCUUGUUCUCGACACGCUGUACUGUGCAGCAGAAGUACUCGGGGAGAAUUCGGGGAAGCAGUGGUGGUGGCCUUGGAUAGUAAGUCGCCUAGAACAUGCAAGAUUCGAGCAAACCCACGAAUGCUCAUUGAGUAUCAAGUCUAAGAGAAAUUCAGAGGUUGCACACGCGCUGAGCAUGGCUCUGGAGUACUAUAGGAGAGGCAUCCGGCCCCCAAUGAUCAUGGUGAUCGGCUUGAAGGAAGCGCUGUUUUGUGAAGAGCGCAUAUCGAAGUUCAAGGCUAUAUUGUGGAGAGCGUGGAAAGAAGAUGCUGAAAAGUGGAGGGAGUCCAUAAAACCGGACGUAGCAGGGAGCAAAUGA